AUGCCUUCUGCCAGCGGGCCUGCGCCCAUCUCCAAUGGGUUGCCCAAAGUGAACAUCCCAGAUGGCAACAACUCGCCGGGAUCAGAGACACCGUUCUCUGCCAACGACAACAUCCGUCGAUUUGACCCUCCUUCGAGGGUUCUGAGCCCUGUUCAACAUGCCCUCUUCCACAACAAGACGAGAUGUUUUGUCUAUGGUAUGCAACCCAAGGCCGUCCAGGGAAUGCUCGACUUCGACUUCAUCUGCAAGCGAACGACCCCCUCCGUUGCUGGUAUCAUCUACACAUUUGGCGGUCAAUUCGUCAGCAAAAUGUACUGGGGUACCAGCGAAACUCUCUUGCCAGUCUACCAGUCCGUGGACAAGGCUUUCGAGAAGCACCCAGAUGUUGACACGAUUGUGAACUUUGCGUCUUCUCGAUCAGUCUACAGUUCGACUAUGGAGCUCAUGAACAUCCCCCAAGUCCGCACCAUUGCCAUCAUCGCAGAAGGUGUCCCUGAGAGACGUGCCCGUGAGAUCAUGAUCAAGUCGAAAGAGAAGGGAAUUACCAUUAUCGGACCUGCUACAGUCGGUGGUAUCAAGCCGGGUGCGUUCAAGAUUGGCAACACUGGUGGUAUGAUGGACAACAUUGUGGCCUCCAAGCUGUACCGCAAGGGCUCGGUUGGUUAUGUCUCCAAGUCUGGUGGUAUGUCCAACGAACUCAACAACAUUAUUUCCCAAAACACCGACGGUGUGUACGAGGGUGUCGCCAUUGGUGGUGACAGAUAUCCUGGAACCACCUUCAUCGACCAUCUGAUCCGAUACCAGAACGAGCCUGAAUGUAAAAUUCUGGUUCUUCUAGGUGAAGUCGGUGGUGUCGAAGAGUACAGAGUCAUUGAGGCGGUCAAGAAGGGCCAAAUCACCAAGCCCAUCGUGGCUUGGGCUAUCGGUACCUGCGCUAGCAUGUUCAAGACUGAGGUUCAAUUCGGCCACGCCGGUGCAUCUGCCAACUCUCAACUCGAGACUGCUGUUGUCAAGAACCAGUCGAUGAAGGAGGCUGGAUUCUUUGUUCCCGAUACCUUUGAAGAGAUGCCCCAGGUCCUUGCCGAAGUCUACCAGAAGCUCGUCAAGGAAGGCACGAUCAAACCUGCGCCAGAGCCAGUUCCUCCCAAGAUCCCCAUCGAUUACGCCUGGGCCCAGGAAUUGGGACUUAUCCGAAAGCCCGCCGCUUUCAUUUCCACCAUUUCCGACGAUAGAGGUCAAGAAUUGCUCUAUGCCGGUAUGCCAAUUUCAGAUGUCUUCAAGGAGGACAUCGGUAUCGGGGGUGUCAUGUCUCUGCUGUGGUUCCGUCGCCGAUUCCCUCCGUUUGCCAGCAAGUUCUUGGAGAUGGUCCUCAUGUUGACUGCCGAUCACGGUCCAGCCGUGUCUGGUGCCAUGAACACCAUCAUCACAACCCGUGCUGGCAAAGACCUGAUCUCUUCACUUGUCGCCGGUCUUCUCACCAUUGGUUCCCGCUUUGGUGGUGCUCUUGAUGGUGCUGCCGAGGAGUUCUCCAAGGCCUUUGACAAGGGCUGGUCCCCUCGUGAGUUCGUCGACACCAUGAGAAAGGAGAACAAGCUCAUUCCUGGUAUUGGACAUCGUAUCAAGUCCCGAAACAACCCCGAUCUUCGUGUCGAGCUCGUCAAGGAGUAUGUCCUGAAGCACUUCCCAUCUCACAAACUACUCGACUAUGCUAUUGCUGUCGAGACUGUCACCACAUCCAAGAAAGACAAUCUCAUCCUCAACGUCGAUGGCUGCAUUGCAGUAUGCUUCGUUGAUCUGAUGAGAUCGUCUGGUAUCUUCAGUUCGGAGGAGGCCGAGGAUUACAUGCGCAUGGGUGUCCUCAACGGUCUGUUCGUCCUGGGCAGAUCUAUCGGUUUGAUUGCGCAUUAUCUUGAUCAGAAACGCCUUCGGACCGGUCUCUACAGACAUCCUUGGGAUGAUAUCACGUACCUUCUCCCAACCCUGGCCAAGGGUGGCAGUGGCGAAGGCAGAGUUGAAGUUUCUGUGUAG